ACAAAGAACUAAAAUAGAAUAUGUCAACAGCUAGCUAGCUAACAGUAAUUACUUACAAGUAAUGUACUCACUCUCAAGGUAACCUAAACCUAAUCAAAUAUAAUGUACAACUAUAUUUCACAAUUAUCAUCAUAUAUUUUAUUAGGGUAAUGUUUGAACAAUUGUAAAACAAGACUAACAUGUAUCAGAUGUACAAAGGGAGCUGUGCUGAGCUGUGAAUAGUUGUCCGUGGUAAGUAUGUUCUUACUUGCAAACAAACAACUUUCACAGGUUCCUGCCAAAUGCUAACCCAUGUGUGCAAACUUGAUGUAGAAAUACAAAAGCUGUGCUUGUUCAUAAAAUAAGAAAGGAAAAAAAUAAAAUGAUGAUUUGUGCUAAACAAAAACAAGAUAUUUACUGAUUACUUGGAAUAAUAAAUGAUAAAAUACAUUUAUUUCAAAGAUAUAUCAUAGAAACACUCAGCCAUACAUGAAAUAUCAUAGAAAAUGGAUAUGGGUCAUUUUAGACCCAUGUUGUGCAUUAGAAGGGUAGUGAUACAAAAAGGGUUUUUAUUAAAAAAGUAAGAAAGGAAAAUAUAAAAUAAGGAUGUAUAAUGAUCAAAAACAAGUUAAUUGAGGAAAACCUGGAAUACUGAACGAUGAAGUUAAUUUAUUGCAAAGAUAUAGAACAUAAAAACUCAGUCGGGUCACUUUAGACCCAUGUUGUGCAUCAAAGGGUUAAAAUGAAAUACACUGUCAUGAUUAAGUAAUUAUAUAAUGUUAACAACAACAACAUGGUGUCUGUCAUACUGUGAAGAAUUGAAGUGUUCCCCAUGUACUGUAAAAAAGGUCUGUGGUGGCAGUACUCCUGCUUUGUUGUGUAACACAUUAUGAUGUAAGUACAUCAAUGUAUAAAUACAUAAUAUGCCUUUAACAGGAUAACAAAUAUUAACAUGGACAAAACGUGAAUUAUAAAGGAGAGUAAAUCAUAAAAGUAAACGAUUUUUACAAAGACUAAAGUGGUGAUUAAACAAAGGAGCUUGUAAUUUUGGAGUGUAACAUUUCCUCAAAGACGUGUAUACUUUCCUGAUGUAACAGCAGGCAGACACUAGUUAAUUUCAGUGGAGAAACUGAGCAGGACUACAUGUAUUUCAUUGUGUACUGCUGCAACACAGUUUUAGCAACAGAUUUGAUUCAGAUUCUAAAUUAGGAAAAAGAGUUUGACCUGGAAAUGUUGCAUUUACAUGUUUUUGCUAUCAGGCAUUUAUUUAGGAAAAUGUAGGAAUGAGACACAUGAGCUGGUCAGUUUGGUCACUGUUAUCCUGUCAGGUGUGUGUGACCACACACACACACACACACACACACACACACACACACACACAGGCUUGUGUCUGUCAGAGUGAAGCCAUUGUUAUGCUAAUUAAUGACUGCAUGCAGUUGAGUGAGAGGAGGGGGGAGAGGCCAAGAUGGCUUUCAAAUUUCUCAAACUAGUCCUUCCUGCUCCGAAACCCAGGGUCUGAUCGUCAAUCUGAAGAUAUCACCAGAGAGAUACACUCGUUCCGAACGCAGAUAUAUAUAGCGUUCACGUUUGUGGAGUCAAAAAAGCAAUCUUAGUCGCAAGUUUACAAUGUCUAGCUCACAGCUGACUCAUUUGCUCAUGUUACUUUCAGAGGCACUAGCUCAUUUCCUGUUGGUUUUAGGUCAGUGGUGUCAGUGAGUGAUUUGUAGGUCUCGAGGAGACAAAGAAGCCAGUUUUAGUUUGAUCUUUUUACACCAUUCGUACGGGCCGCAGCAGCCAUUUUAGUGUGUCUAGGUGGUGCAAAAAUUGUCAAGAGGUUUUGUGACAUGUCACCUUUAACAGGGCAUAAAAUCAAAACUGUCCAAGUAAUGACAAAAUUGUUCUGAGGAAUUGUUUAGCAGGGCAUGGUCUAUCAUGUGUGUAUGUUUGAAGUCGAUACAAUAAACGGUGUAGGAGGAAAUAUUUUUUUAGUAAGAGAAUUUUUGAAAAAUGACAUCUUACUUUGAAAGGGCGAAUAGCUCACUUCCUGUUGGAUUUAGGUCAGUGGUUACAGUGCGUGAUUUGUAGGUCCUGAUGAGAUGAACAAGCCAGUUUUGGUUUUGUCUUUCCACGACAUUCAUGCGGGCAUUUUAAUGUGUCAAGGUGGCGCGAAAAUCAUCGAGAGGUUUUGUGAGACAUCACCUGUAAGAGGCCAUAAAAUCCACACCAUUCCAGUAAUGACAAAGUUAUAAAGAAGAUCUGAUUAGGACGAGCUGAUCUGUCAUGUGUGCGAGUUUGAAGCCGAUAUGAUAAAUGAUGUAGGACAAGUUGAUUUUUGAAGAAAAAGCGGUUUUGAGGCGAAAUCUUACUUUGAAAGGGCAAAUACCUCACUUCCUGUUGGGUUUAGGUCAGGGGUAUCAGUGCGGAAUUUGUAGGUCUUCGGCUGAGGUCUCUAAUAAAUCUCUUAAACAAUCAAAUUCAAUCACUGCACAUGAAAACAAGUCCUUGUUGAGUGUUUUUGAUACAGCUAUUAUGUCCCAGAACAAGCAGGCAGCUAAUGUCAGGCCAUCAGACUCAACUUUUGUUCAGAAACAUAUGAUUUCUUUUUUGCCGAAAAGAGACACAAAACUUUCAGAUUGUAUUCAAUGUACUUUUACUUUACUACUCAAAAAAUGUGACAAGACUCACAACCAGGAUUCAACAAAAACCAGAAUUAAUUGUACUUUGCUUCCUCCAGUGUAACAUAUUCAUAUUUUCAAUCUAUUUCUGUCCAUAAGAUGUCUGUUGAGCUCCAACAUGCCAGUGAACCAGGCGGAAAUAAUGCAAGUCUUCAAGGCACCAUGCUGGGGGGCAGCAAACCUUUACACCGCUUCAUGCAGGGGCAACCCAAGAUUACUGGCAUCGUCGUGCUAAUCUUGGGCUCAUCUUUCUUCAUCUUUUGCACCUUGAUGAUGUUAGUCCACUAUAAUGAGAUUAAUCCCCUCCAGCCUGCCAUGGUGCUGGCAAUCCUGUACCUCGUGUGUGGGUCUCUGUAUAUUGUGACAGAGAACAAGCCGACCAAGAAAACUGUAACCAUGUCGUUGGCUCUGAGUAUUGUGAGCCUACUGGCGUCAUGUUGGAUUAUCUUUCUCUAUUUGCCCAACAUUAUUCACAACCUCCAGAGAGUCCACCUCGAUGAAGACAUUAUGGUUGCGACUGACGAUGGUAUAUUUCCAUCAGAAUAUGAGCAACUAGAAAUGGCUUCAGAACAGAUCUUCCUGCUCUACACUGGCGUGGGUGGGAUAAUUUUCAUUGUAAUGUCAUUUCUGGCUGGGGCCGCCCUGCGUUCCACAAAGAGUAAGGCCAUUGUAGUGAUGACUGCUACGUCGGCUGAACCACCAGUUGAAUAGCGAGUCCAAGAGGAAGGCCUGAAGUGAGAUACUGUCAACUGAGCAGAGAGAAGAAAUAUGAAGCAUACAAGGACAGCAAGUAUCUCUCUUUGUGGGCACAACAGGAUGCAUCAUUCCCAAACACAGACUACCUCCCAUCAGCAUUUUUGGGUUGUUGUAUACAAUACAAUACAGAUCAUAUGUAUGUAUGCAUUGCCUUGUAAAGUCUAUUACUACUGCCGGUCCCACGUGAGCACUGUAUUUCCCUCUUUUGAACAGCAAGCUCAAUGGGAUGUUGGAGAUGAAUAUGAUAGGCAAUUAACUGCUACUUAUUCUGCAGUCUGGCGUUGGCUGACUUGUCAGCACGCUGUGUUUGCACCACAGGACAAAGGUCUGAGUGAAACCAGUGUUCCUCUGAGAUAGUUAAAGAAAACUUGUAUAGGCUCAAAAACAUUCAAAUUUAUCAAAGGCAGACUUAAACAGAGAUACGCUGACAGGUGCUCUUGUUACAGUACCACAUUUUGAUAAUGCACCCUGUAGAAAGGGAUUAAAAGUUGUAACUAAUGAUUUUAUAAAUGGUUUUACUAAUACUUGAUUGAGCUGUUAUGCACCAUUAAUAAGAGAAGUAUUUUUAGCUUUAAUUCAGCAGGAAAAAUCUAAUCGACAGUUUGAUUACAGACCUCAUCCGAUAUUUUUCAGUAAUUGUAAUAAAAGAAUCCUUAAUUAUUAACCAUUAAUUACAUAUUAACAUUUAUAACUCCAGAUGAGUUGCAAGCUUGUGCUUAUAUGAGUGAGAAAUCUUGAUUCUUCAAUCAUGCUUAAAUAUUUUUAGAGCCAUAGGCAUAAGCAUUUAUUUUGGUUGGCAUUUAGAAGUGCAUUAUUACCAAAUGGAAACACACACAGCCAUGCUAAUCCCGAAACAUUUAACGAGAGUGUUUUUUUUAUUCUGACAACAGAGUGGGAACAUCUGAACAUGAAGAUGUAAUGUUAACAACUCCAACCAUAAACAUGUCACCUCCUGUAACCUGUUCUCUGCUUUUACUAUCUGAAGUGUCGAGCACAGAACCAUGUGAUCCUUUUCCACCUUAUCGUCCCUUACAGAAGAAGUUUGGCAUAGACAAGACAGAACAUGCAGAGAUCCUCAUGGCUGCCCUUGACACAUUUUUUUUACCAUGUCAGCUCAUGUUUCAGCAGCAACACCCUUAAGUACAAACACUGUGACACCAUCGUACUGUCCCCACUUACAGAGUACCGCAUGUGAGAUGCAUCAUUAAUACUUUUGUGAUAUGAACAGAGCGAUGCUAUUCAAAUUAUGACAUGUCUGUACCCUUCCUAUGUAACUGUCACAUUACGUUUGCAAGAAGCAUGUUAGGUUAUUUUGGAUCAAUUUACCAAAACAAAUAAAGAAAAUUGGCUACUA